CUUGGAGCUCCUCUUGGUGCUGACAUGAUGACAGUGUGCAGGCCAGCCAAGGGCAGCCACAGCCAGCCUGAAAACCUGAGCUACAAAUUGGCUGACAAGGUCAAGGUGGAAGGCCCAAAGGCUGGAGAAGAUCCUCGAAGGCAGCCGUUUAGGUCCUCCAUUCCUUUCCUAGAGACUGAUCAGUCUUCAUCCUUCCGAAGAAGCCCACUGGGAAGCCUCAGUAACCUGAUGCUAGAGUCAAGAGUGGACUGUGUUCAGCAGAACAUGUUCGGCUCAAAUAUGAUCAUCAGCGACCCAGCUUCAGAUCUCAGUGCUCAAGAAGCCAGCAGGGCCGGCAAGAGGCAGCUUAGCGGUGUUCAGAACCCCUGCCCUCCUGCCCACGGCAGGGCCCGGCACAAGUCCCUCAGCAUAAAGGACAAGAUCUCCGAAUGGGAAGGAAAAAAGGAGUUGCCCACUCCUGCACCUGGCAGGAAAGCAGAUGGGCAAGAGGAUUACCUGACGUCCUGUGUGAUGGAGAGGAGAAGUAGUGAUGGCGUGAGGACUUGGGUCACAGAGGCUGAGAAUGGAACAAGGCUGGAAACAGAGAGCAAAGAGAAUGAGAGGAAUAAAGGGUCAGUGAAAGUCGGAGCACAGGAUACAGAGCAGAGGCAAGACCUAAGCUCACCAGACAGGGAGCUGGCUCCUACCUUGGGCAGAAGCCGAGAGCGGAGGCUUGGCCAACAGCGCUUUCAGAAUGAUAGCCUCUCUGUGCUGAAGCAGGUCAAGAAACUUGAGCAGGCUCUGAAGGAUGGGUCGGCAGGGCUGGAUCCCCAGUUACCAGGGACUUGCUAUUCCCCACACUGCCUGCCAGACAAGGCCGAGGAGGGGCCCACCCUUCCUGAGAACCGUGGGGGCGGGAGUGGCUCAGAAUUCAGGUUCCACCACUUGGACCUGGAAGCCAAGGAGCCUGCCCCUGAGGCUGGGGAGGAAAGGAAAAGCUCGUGCAGGAGGCCCUGCAACCAGAGCCUGGAGAGUGUGUACAGGGGCUCGGAGGGCUCCCCGCAAAAACCCUUCAUCAACCCCCUGCCCAAACCCCGGAGAACGUUCAAACAUGAUGGAGAAGGGGACAAGGAUGGGAACCCAGGCAUCAGCUUCAGGAAAGAUAAAAGGAACCUGCCUCCUCUGCCCUCUCUACCUCCCCCGCCCCUGCCCUCCUCUCCCCCACCUUCCUCUGUGAACAGAAGACUGCGGAAUGGGAGACCGAAACCCAGUGCUGACCACAGAAAGUCCUAUGAGUUUGAAGACUUACUGCAGUCUUCCUCUGAGAACAGCAGGGUGGACUGGUAUGCACAGACCAAGUUGGGGCUCACACGCACUUUAUCGGAGGAGAACGUCUAUGAAGACAUUCUAGAUCCACCAAUGAAGGAGAACCCUUAUGAGGACGUUGAGUUACAUGGUCGCUGCCUGGGGAAGAAGUGUGUCUUGAACUUUCCAGGUUCUCCCACCUCUUCCAUCCCUGACACACCCACCAAGCAGUCAUUGUCCAAACCUGCUUUUUUCCGGCAAAAUUCAGAGAGGAGAAACUUCAAACUGCUGGACACUAGGAAGCUGAGUCGGGACGGAACUGGGUCCCCUUCCAAAAUCAGCCCCCCGUCCACCCCCAGUAGCCCUGAUGACACUUUCUUUAACCUUGGAGACCCACAGAAUGGCAGGAAGAAGAGAAAGAUACCCAAGCUGGUGUUGCGAAUCAAUGCCAUUUAUGAGGCGCGGAGAGGAAAGAAACGGGUGAAGAGGCUGUCCCAGUCAACGGAGAGCAACUCAGGAAAAGUGACAGAUGAGAACAGUGAGUCUGACAGUGACACCGAGGAAAAGCUGAAAGCUCAUAGCCAACGCCUGGUCAAUGUGAAGUCACGCCUGAAGCAGGCUCCAAGAUACCCAUCACUAGACCGGGAGCUCAUCGAGUACCAGGAGAGGCAGCUCUUCGAGUACUUCGUGGUUGUAUCAUUGCACAAGAAGCAGGCCGGGGCUGCAUAUGUGCCAGAACUCACCCAGCAGUUCCCUCUGAAGUUGGAAAGGUCUUUCAAGUUCAUGAGAGAGGCUGAGGACCAGCUGAAGGCUAUCCCCCAGUUCUGUUUCCCUGAUGCCAAGGAUUGGACUCCUGUCCAGCAGUUUACCAGUGAAACAUUCUCAUUUGUCUUAACUGGAGAAGAUGGGAGCAGAAGGUUCGGUUACUGCCGAAGACUGCUGCCUGGUGGCAAAGGGAAGCGUCUCCCUGAAGUUUACUGCAUCGUGAGCCGCCUGGGAUGCUUCAGCCUCUUUUCCAAGAUCUUGGAUGAGGUGGAAAAACGACGAGGCAUCUCUCCCGCUCUGGUGCAGCCCCUCAUGAGGAGUGUCAUGGAAGCCCCUUUCCCAGCCCUGGGAAAAACCAUCACUGUCAAGAACUUCUUGCCAGGAUCAGGAACUGAGGUGAUUGAACUGUGCCGCCCGCUGGACUCCCGGCUCGAACACGUGGACUUCGAGUCUCUCUUCUCCUCUCUCAGCGUCCGCCACCUGCUCUGUGUUUUUGCCUCCCUGCUUCUGGAAAGGAGGGUCAUCUUCAUCGCAGACAAGCUCAGCACGCUGUCCAAGUGCUGCCACGCCAUGGUGGCAGUCAUCUACCCCUUCACCUGGCAGCACACCUACAUCCCCGUGCUCCCGCCCGCCAUGAUCGACAUCGUGUGCUCGCCAACCCCCUUCCUCAUCGGGCUGCUCACCAGCUCGCUGCCGCUGCUCAGGGAGCUGCCGCUGGAAGAGGUCCUUGUGGUCGACCUCGUCAACAAUCGGUUCCUCAGGCAGAUGGAUGACGAGGAUUCCAUUCUGCCCCGGAAGCUUCAGGUAGCCCUGGAACACAUUCUGGAACAGAGGAAUGACCUGGCUAGUGACCAGGAUGAAGGGGUCCCGGACUGCAAGCGUGGCCCUGAGUCCAGCCCCUUGAACGAGGUGGUGUCUGAAGCAUUUGUCCGCUUCUUCGUGGAGAUCGUGGGCCACUACUCCCUGUUCCUGACGGCAGGCGAGCGGGAGGAGAGGACUCUGCAGCGAGAGGCCUUCCGCAAAGCUGUCUCCUCCAAGAGCCUCCGCCAUUUCCUGGAGGUUUUCAUGGAGACGCAGACGUUUCGAGGCUUCAUCCAGGAGCGGGAGCUGCGACGGCAGGAUGCCAAAGGUCUGUUUGAGGUCCGAGCCCAAGAGUACCUGGAAACACUCCCCAGCGGAGAACACAGUGGUGUCAACAAGUUCCUGAAGGGACUAGGCAAUAAAAUGAAGUUUCUCCACAAGAAAUAACCUCAGCUCAGCCUCAAGGGAAAACUUCCUCCUUGUGCAACCACAUGUUUUAAAAACAAUCCUGGUGGCCUUUCUGAAACAUUGGGUCCUUGGUUGUCCCAGGUGCUGGAAUGAAAGCCAGGAUGGGUUCCGGCCGCCCCUGGGCCCUCCGCGGGACCCAGGGCCCCAAAGCUGCCCGGAAGGUGCCGCUUCUUCAGAACAGCACUGGAAAGGAGACCUGAGACCAGGCGUGUUGCCAACAUCCGUAUGGAUUGUUUUGAUUGUUGGUUUUUGAAUUUUCGAUUUUUUAAUCUUAGAUAUUAAAAAAAGGAAAAGUGUUUGGGUUUUCUUUUUAUUAUGACAGGGCUAAGAAAACUCUAUCCUGCCCUAUGUCAUCUUCCCCUGGUUCAUCCUGCCCGGCAGCUCAGCUCUGGAUCCAAGAGGAGAUGGGGAGAUGGGAAGAAGCUAGACCAGGGGCUUAG